AUGCACCGACUUUCCAAUCUGUCUCGCUCCUUCACCUCCAAAUCUUCGUCCAAGCUCACUACUAUCCGUCAAGCAUCCAUGGCUGGGAAGCACCAAGCAGCAAUCCUCCCGCAGAAGGGAGGUCCAUUGUCUGUCGUGGACCGCGCCACCCUCGAGCCCGGUCCUAAUGACGUUCUCGUCGAAGCCAAGGCCAUUGCCGUGAACCCAGUCGACUAUCUUCAGCGCGAUUUCGGUAUGCCCCCACCCAGCUAUCCCGCCGUCGUUGGGUCCGAUGUGGCUGGCCUUGUCGUCAAGGUGGGCUCCAACGUCUCCAAUGCCCCUCCGUCCGGAUCCCGAGCGAUCGCAUUUGCCUCGUCUUUCUAUCAAGGCGGCUCCCAAGACCAUGGCGCUUUCCAGAAAUAUGUCUUGGCUCAGUCAGAAGGCGUCAUUGCGCUCCCGGAUGCCCUCUCCUUCGAUACCAAAAACCAUGAAUGCCUCAAGAAGCUCGGAGCUGACGUUGUCUUCGACUACAAAGCGAGCGAUGUCGUCUCACAGAUCAUAGACACCGUGAAGAAGGAUGGCGUCACCCUACGGACCGCAAUUUGCGUCGUGGAGGGAUCCCUGCAGCCCACGUUGGACGUGCUCAGACACACCAUGGGCGAUGCAGUCGCCAAGGUUGCCCAUGCCCCUCCUCUGCUCCCGGGAGCCCCGACGCUCGAGGGAGCUGAGGUCAAGUUUGUUCUACCACCUAUGGACCCGGCGGAAAGAAGCGACCAUAUGUACAAGUGCUUCCAUGUCUGGCUGCGAGACGGUCUAAAUUCGGGUACUGUCCUUCCCAGCCCACGGGUUCGGAUUGAGGCUGGAGGUCUGCAGGGUCUGAAUAAGGCGCUGAACACGUCAAGAGCAGGUGUCAGUGGGACUAAGAUUGUAGUCCAAGUCUGA